AUGGAUCCUGACAUGGACACCAAGAAGCGUCCGCUCUCGGGACAUAGCGACAAGGUCUCCGCUGCUGAAGGGCAAGUCGACUUCGCAUCUCGUCGUAUGCCUGACAGUCUUCGGGACCUUAGCGAUGAGGAGAUCAAGAAGCUCAACAAGAGAGUCGUGCGAAAGGUGGAUUUGCUAGUCCUCCCUACCAUCGGCAUCCUCUACAUCCUGAACUAUGUCGACCGCCAGAACCUGGCUGCAGCCAAGCUCCAGGGCAUCAUGGAAGAUCUCAACAUGGACACUCAGCAGUUUGCUACGGCCGUUUCCAUCCUGUUCGUCGGCUACCUCCCGUUCCAGAUUCCGAGUAACCUCAUCAUGACCAAGAUAUCCCGGCCGGGCAUGUACAUCUGCGUUGCUGUCGUCAUCUGGGGCGCCAUAUCUGCCUCAACGGCCGCCGUCAAAACAUACGGUCAGCUGCUCGCCGUCCGAGCUGUUCUGGGAGUUGCCGAAGCGGUUUUCUUUCCUGGUGCCAUCUAUUAUCUGUCCGCCUGGUACACAAAGACGGAGUUGGGAAAGCGUAUUGCCGGGCUAUACAUCGCUCAGCAGGUGGGUAACGCCUUCGGAGGUCUCUUCGCCGCCGCUAUCCUCCAGCUAGAUGGAGCGCACGGCAUCGCUGGCUGGGAAUGGCUGUUCAUCAUUGAGGGUAGCGCAACUGUCGGCAUCGGUGCCGUCUGCGCCUGCGUUAUGCCCGAAUUCCCACACAACAGCCGUAUCCUGUCGCAGAUCGAACGAGACCUAGCUGUCUGGCGUAUCGAGUCUGAGUCCGGUGCCGCAGAAGGCACUGAGAAAGAGAGUGUGCUGCGAGGUUUUGCCAAAGCUCUCGCAGACCCGAAGCUCUUGCUCCUCAUCUUCGCCAACAUGUUGUCCCAAACCCAGGGCUCUAUCGCCAAUUACUUCCCUACCCUCGUGGCCUCGCUCAACUUCACCGAAACAAUCAGCUUGCUCCUCACCGCGCCGCCGUAUAUCCUCGCCGGUACGGUCUACUAUGUCCUCAUGUUCUACUCUGACCGCAAGAACACCGUCUACCCGAUCAUUUUGCUCUGCGUGGCCAUCUCCAUCGUCAUGUACAUCAUCCCCAUGACCACUCUCAACGUGGGAGCACGCUACUUCUCAAUGGUCAUUUUGCCCUUUGCCUCUGUCGGUCCUCAACUUCUUCUUUACAAGACUAUUAACCUGCAUCUGGCUCGACCAGUGGCGAAGCGGGCUGCCGCCUCGGCCUUGGUUAAUGCCAUCGGAGGAACGUCUAAUAUCUGGGCGUCAUAUCUUUACUACGCCCCGCCGCAGUUCUUUGCCGCGUUUGGAACGUUGAUGGGAAGUGCCGUGUUGUUGGCUAUCACGAUGACCGUGUACCGGGGUUUGGUGAGACGAGAAAACAAACGUCUCGACUCGGGAGAUCCAGAGCAGAUCGCAAAGGUUAUGAAAGGGGGCGUGACGGAGGAGAUGGUGCAGUUGAAUUGGCGGUAUGAGAUGUACUGA